AUGCUGGGACGACAUGGCACAGUGGUGGGCUUCCGUCUGGUCACCGAACGAGGCCCAGCAGACAACCGACGAUCAAAAGGAUAUGGAUUUGUUGAGUACUCGUCGAUACCCGAGGCCGAACGAGCUCUGGAGUCUCUCAGAGACGUGCGAAUCGGUCAACGUCAGAUCCGAACAGCCUUCACACAAGACAUGCAGCAACAUCGAGCAGAGAGAGCACGUGAGGGAUAUGGGCGAGAUCAGGGAUACGGUGGAAGAGACGGCGGACAGGGAUACGGUCGAGAUGGAGGUAGAGACUACCGAUCUCCCCAUCCUGAUGGACCCCAGAGUGGAUAUGGGGGUAACCAGGGCUAUGGUGGUGGCCAGGGAUACGGCCAGGGUCAGGGAUACGGCCAGGGUCAGGGAUACGGUAGCGCACAAGGAUAUGGUGGCCAUGGCGGUCAGGGAUACGGUGGUCAGGGUCACGGAUACGAUCGUCAGCAGUCGACACCUAACCCCACUACCCCCAACCCCAGCACUCCGAUUCCCACGCCUGCUCCUACGCUGACCACGCCCGACGCGACUUCCACCGUUCUUUCGGCUCUUCAACCCAACCAGCUGCUUGAUCUUAUUGCUCAUCUUAAGACUUUGAUUACAAAGAACCCAGCCGAAGCGGCCCAGAUUCUCCAGGUUUCCGAACCCAUCACCUACGCAGCAGUCCAGGCCAUGCUCCUGAUGGGACUGAUUGACGCGAAGGUUGUUCAACAGGUUGUCGGAGGUCAGCAGCCCCAGGCACCGGCACACUCCACUCCUCAGCCGCAGCACGUGACUCCCCAGCCUCAGGCUCAACAUCACGUGGCGGCACCCACGCAUCUGGAUCCUCAACAGCAGCAGAUGAUCAACCAGGUGCUGGCUCUUACUGAUGCCCAGUUGGCCUCCCUUCCUCAUGAUCAGAGAGCUACCCUGCAGCAGUUGAGAGAGAACUACCGAAGGGGUAUCUUCAGUUAA